UCUAAUUGCAUCAGGACUUUACCAGAUAAUGUUCUUCCAGAUCUGAAAAGGAAAAUGCCUAAAAGAGCUUCCAAACUCAUUUUUGAAUAACACUAGGCUACAAAGAAUUACAUUGUGAAUUCAUUAAGGGUAACACCAAACCACUAAACAGCACUGCUUGUAUAGAAAUGUUGAAAAGCUGUGGAAAUAAUUUAGCGGCCAUUUCUGUAGGAAUUUCGCUUCUUUUACUCUUAGUGGUUUGUGGAAUUGGGUGUGUUUGGCACUGGAAACACCAUGUUGCCACACGAUUUACCUUACCGAGGUUUUUGCAAAGGAGAAGCCGUAGGAGAAAAGUCUGUACUAAAACAUUCUCGAGCCCCCGCAUCAUUGGCUUAAGGCAUAAAAUCUCAGCUGAAACCCAAGACCACAAAUCUGCUGUCAGGGGAAAUAACAUACACGACAACUAUGAAAAUGUGGAAGCAGGUCCUCCCAAAGCUAAAGGAAAAACCGAUAAGGAACUAUAUGAAAACACAGGGCAGUCUAAUUUCGAGGAGCAUAUCUAUGGAAAUGAGACAUCUUCUGACUAUUAUAACUUCCAGAAGCCUCGUCCUUCUGAAGUUCCUCAAGAUGAAGAUAUAUACAUUCUUCCAGAUUCAUAUUAACUUUUCAAAAUAUUGACUUUUGUUAUUGGAUGAUAAAUAUUCACUGUAAUUUUUCAACAGCAAAGACAUGGAAUCAAACUAAAUGUUCAUCAACAGUAGACUGGAUAAAGAAAAUGUGGUAUGCAUACACUAUAGAAUAUUAUGUGGCCAUAAAAAAAGAACAAAACUAACAUGGGAACAGAAAAUCAAAUACCACAUAUUCUCACUUAGAAGUGAGAGCUAAAUAAUAAUAAUAAAAAAAAAUCGUCCAAAAAAAAAACAAAAAAAAAAAAUAAAUAAAAUAAAUAAAAUAAUGCUAAAAUAAAAAAAAAAAAGAACACAUGGACAGAAAGAGAGGAACAACAGACACUGGGGCCUACUUGAGGGAGGACAGUGGAAGGAGGGAGAGGUUCAGGAAAAAAAAAACUAUCAGGUACUAUGCUUGGUACACACAUGAUGAAAUAAUCUGUACACCAAACCCCCAAGUCACAAGUGUUCCUACAUAACAAACCUGCACAUG